AUGGCGCAAAGUAUUAUAGGAUUACUAAAAGAUCUUGAAGAAAUUUUUAUUGGACCAAAAGUAGAUAGGAAAAAAAUAAACACCCGGGUUUUUGACUUACUUUUACAGUAAUAAACAUUUAGAAAUUAUCACACACCAGAAUCAGGAGAAAAAUGAUUGAUUUCUAAAGUUGUAAAUAUCACUUAUAACUUGAGAAGCAAAAAGCAAUACGAUAAAGCGGCAAGUUUAGAACUUCUUAUAGAAGCUUUUCUUUCCAAAAAAAAAUACCCACAGCAAAAUUUUAUUGUCACAAAAUUUGAUGAGCAUUUUAGCAUUCUUAAUUUGCUUUUUAAUUUAGAAGAUGCUCAAAACGGAGGAAACCUAACAGAAAUCUCUUGAAAAAGCUUGGAUCUUUUGCAUAAAAAAACAAGUAGUCUAAAAUUGCAAGCUCCAAAUGAUAUUUUUGAGUUUGGAACUCCAAAAAUAUUUAAUUUUUCUGAUUCUAAAAAGCCGGGAUUAAAUCUUUUUUCGCUAGACAAAGGCGCGCUGACUCCUGCAGAUAAAAGUAUACACAGUACAAGAUUUGGGGGAAUUGACCGAAAAUACCCAGUAUUUGAUUUUGAUGCUAUGAAUCUUUGUGAUCUUGGUAGCUAUACCACUCAGAUUACUGUAGAGGAUAAUAAAUGAUUUGUUGAGGAACAAAAUCAAAAAGAUUUGCUAGGAGCUUUCCAACAGCUGCAAUCAGAAAAGCCUGAAAAUCCUUUUGGAAUCAAUUUAAAGCUGCCUCCGCUUCCUCAGCAAAGCCAAUCUGACAACAAAUUUCCGUUUCCAGCAUCAAUAAAACUCAAAAGAAGCAAAGAAAUAAUUAAGAAAAAAUUACCCAGCAAAAUAAACCAAUGGGAUAUGGUAACCGAAGAGCUGAAUUCCAAUGAAAAUAAUUUUAAAUACAGCAUGGAUACCCCAGAUAUACUAAUUGACCAAGAAUAGCCCACUAUGGAGCCAUUCUUGGUCUGCCAGAACAAAUUUUGACAAAAAGAUCCUAAUCUGCCAUUACCACUGAGUUUUGGUGUUUCCAAAUUUUUUGGGCAAGCCAAAUGCAAUAAAAAAAAAUUGUUCUUUGCGCGAUGAUGCAUUUGGCUUGUCAAAAAAAUUUGGAAACACCAAAACUCAGUGGUAAUGACAAACGAUCCUAAUCUGCCAUUACCACUGAGUUUUGAUGUUGCCAAAUUUUUUUGACAAGCCAAAUGCAUCAUCGCAAAAGAACAAUUUUUUUUAUUGCAUUUGGCUUGCCCAAAAAAUUUGGAAACACCAAAACUCAGUGGUAAUGGCAGAUUAGGAUCUUUUGUCAAAAUUUUUUCUGGCAGACCAAGAAUGGCUCCUUAGUGGGCUAUUCUUGUCAAUUAGUAUACUCGAAAAAUGUGGGAAAAAGCUGAAACUUAUAAAAUUUCUCAAGCCCUAAUUUCGCUUACCACCAAGAAAUCAGACCAAGAUUUCAUUAAAUCCACUGAUGAAAUAUUUGACUACCAAGGCACAUUAAUAAGUGAAGAAAAACUUGUGAUUGGCUUAAAAUAUUUAUUAUUAGGAAUACCUAAUGGGUUAUUUGAAAUGGGCUCAGAAUUUUCAUUAAAGACUCCUUUUAGGCUGGACUGUUUAAAUCAUAAGCUUACAUACAAUUCUAUUGAGUGUUUAGUAAGAUCAGGAAAGCAAUGAAUAAAUUUAGUCAACUUUGUAGAAGCUUUAAAGAGAAAAAAUGAAUUAAUGAGUCCUGCAGUGGCUUCUGCAAUAGAAAAAUUUUUGCUUUUCUAUCAAAGCUUUAUUUCUAAUAUUCCUGAUACCAAAACCAUGAUUCAAUUAAUUACAGAAACAAAUAGCUUGAGGGAGCAACUGGAUUCUCUUAAUAUUUUGUGCUUGAAUCGAGAAUUUCCAAGAGGCGGGCAGCUAAUUGAUUAUUUAUACGAAGUCACCUGGGCAAAUGAAGGAGAUUUCGAAAAUUCCCAGCUUUUAAAAAUGAUUUUUAAAGACGUCUCAAAGCCUUUUUUCGAAAUUUUAACUAAAUUUGUAUUUUUCGGAGAAAUUGAAGACAAUUAUAAUGAAUUUAUUAUCCAAAUCAAUAAAGCUUAUUCUAGCAAGCCAGAAUUUUCUGUAGAAAAAUACUAUAACAGAUUUUCCGCUCAAGAAAAUAUUUUAUUAAAAGAAGCUAUAGAAGACCUAAAAAACAUCGGAAAAAAUUUAUCAGUUUUAAAGCUACUUAUAGACGACUGUUUUUCCUAUUACCAUAUCUGUGCAACUGGAUUAAUUUCUUCUCUUGACGAAUCUGAUAUAAAAACACCUAAUUUCAAACUAAGUUUCAGCCCAGAAAAAAUCAAGUCUCUUGAAGACUUAUUUUUAGCAUUCCAAGGUCAACAGACUAAAGCUUUAUUAGAAUUAGAAAGGAAACUCUUAUUAGAAGAAGAACGAAAAAAAGAAGCCCAGCUUAAAGAGAAAUUAGAUAAGCUUAAAGACAGAAAAAAUGUAGCAAACAUUGCAUAUCAGCAGGAAGAAGAAAAAAAUGAAGCCAAAAAGCGAAAACAAUGGAAUUAUUUUCAGUCACUUAAUAAUCAAAUUAAUGAAAACCGCAAUUUAAAGAGAAUUGAAAAAGAGAUGGAAGCGCAAAAGGAAAAAGAAAGGCAAGCGAAAUUAAAAGAAGAACAAAAAGAACUGAUUGAGAAAGGAAAACAAUUUUUGAUUGAGCAACAUAAAAAAAUGCUUGAGGAAAUGUACUCGAAAUAUGGGCUAAAUGAAUGGAAAACAAAGAGGUUUGCCCUGGUAAAGAAAAGAAAUGAAUUUUUAGCAAAGGAAGAGGAAAAAUGGAAAAUUGAGAUUGCGGAUAAGAUGGAAAUUGUGGAAGAAAAUGGAGAAAAUAGAGAAGGAAAUAUAGCAGAAAUGGAAAAUCAAAAUGAGGAAUUAAAAAUGGAUAUUGAACCAAUAGAAAAUGCUAAUAGGCAAGAAGAAAUAUCAUUUUUCCCUAAAAGAGUGCUUCAGCCCCCAGGUGGGUUUUCUUCUAUGAAAGACAUAUUUAACUAUCAUCUUGUCCCAGACAAAGCUAAAAAAGUCCAAAAUAUUGACCAGCCUCGCAUUGGCUAUCGCGAAGAUUUAGAAAAAUUUGAAAUUUGUGCAUCUCUUCUAUUUGAAGAAAUAAUUAAAAAAGUUUUCAGAAAAAUCACCCCUAGGAAAAAAUGGGCAAUUGCAGCUCGUAAUGAAAGCUCUGAUAUUUUUAAAGACAUUUUAGGGGAUCUCCCAGAUGAUUCCUCACGGUCUUAUCCUUUAUCUCUUAUUAUAAACAAGCUGAUAAUUCAGCCUAUAAAGCUUCAGUCAGAAUUUGUAAAUAAAGCGACUUUACAUUUGAUUUUAAGAAAACUGAAAUUAAUGGACCAUUUAAAGGCUUUAAAAAGAUAUGCUUUAUUAGAAGCUGGAGACUCUAUAGAUCAGUUUUUAAGGUCAUUAUUUACUGAUGAAUAUAGAGGAAAUACUUCGUCAAUAUGGGAAAAUUCAAUAAAAAUGUCUUCAUGCAAAGAUGACCCACUUGCUGAAAGGUUUAAAAUUAUUGAUAAUAAAGAUGGGUGGCUUGGGAUGGGGUAUCGAAAUGUGGAUGAUUUAGACUACUUAUCAAUUAAAUAUAGUGUGGAUGGAAUUUUACAGUUAAUUGUAAAUGAGGAAUCUAUUAAAAGUUAUUCGUUAGUAUUUAUUACUCUUUUAAGGGUAAAGUAUAUUACAAUGAUAUUAAGCGAUUUCAAAUUUUUCUUCCAUACAGCAUCAACAGAAAUUUCAGAAAGGCUGAAGGUUCAUUUGCGCCGUCUCCAGCUACUUCGUCAAAAAAUGCAGCAUUUUUUAGAUAUUUUCCAAGGGUAUAUUGCUUCAGAAGUACACGGGACAGCUUGGAAAUUUUUAAAAUCUUCAAUACAAAAGUGUAAAAAUUUGGAUGAAUUAAUAGACUUACACAAGCAAUAUUUAGAGCGUGUCUUAUUAAAAUGCUUUUUAGAUCUCAAAGGAAACGUAGUGAUGGAGCAAUUGAGGAUUAUUUUUGGCUUAGUAAUGAGGUUUCAAGGAAUAAUGAAGCAAAUUGACAGUGAAACUGGAAUUGACGAAGAAGUCAUCCAGAAAUUAAAAUCAGUCGAACAAGAUUUCAAUAGGAUUCACAGAUUUUUAUAUAAAAUGACCAAAACAAUUUCAAGCAAGGGAAACUACCCAGAGCUGUUUCUAAGACUAGAUUUCAAUGGAUAUAUGGAGCAGCAGUUAGAAAAAGACUUGGCAAGAUAUUAA